AACUAUAAAACCUCACGAAAGCAAAACAUGAAUCUACCAGCUAACGAUCAUCAAAAGCUGUUUCAGUUUAUUAUUGACCAUCUGCUGAGCGAACGCAACGUUUUGAUUAGGAAUAAAGAUGGAUCCAUCUAAGGUCCCGAAUGCUAUCUUCAACAACGGUAACAGUAUUCCGAUGAUUGGCCUCGGAACUUGGGGAUCACCACCAGGUCAAGUCGCUCAAGCCGUAAAGGAUGCCAUAGAUAUCGGAUACCGCCAUAUCGACUGCGCCCAUGUCUACCAAAAUGAGCAUGAAGUUGGCGAAGGAAUCAACGCUAAGAUUCAGGAAGGUGUUGUCAAAAGGGAAGAGAUCUUCGUAACUAGCAAGUUGUGGAAUACCUUUCACCGACCUGAACUAGUUGAGGGCGCUUUACGAACCACGCUUAAAAAUCUGAAACUAGACUACUUGGAUCUGUACUUGAUUCACUGGCCUCAGGGUUACAAAGAAGGCGGAGACUUAUUUCCCAUGGAGCCGUCGGGAGAAAAGUUCAUCUUUUCGGAUGCUGAUUACGUAGAUACAUGGCCUGCUAUGGAAAAACUUGUGGAUGCUGGUCUGGUGAAGAAUAUUGGCCUAUCAAACUUCAACAGUAAGCAAGUCCAACGUGUGCUCGACGUGGCUCGCAUUAAGCCGGUGACCAAUCAAAUCGAGAAUCAUGCUUAUCUUCACCAGGCUAAGCUAUCAGCGUUCUGCUCGGAUAAGGGAAUAAUUGUAACGGCUUACAGCCCGCUCGGAUCGCCAGCGAGACCAUGGGUAAAGGAAGAUGAUAUUGUGCUGCUGAAUGAUCUCAAACUUAAAACGAUUGCGGACAAACAUGGUAAGGAACCGGCCCAGAUUCUGAUUCGGUACCAGAUUCAGCAGGGUCACGUGGUAAUUCCCAAGUCAGUGACAAAAGCUCGGAUUGCUUCCAACUUUGACGUAUUUGGAUUUGAACUGGAUGCUGAAGAUAUUAAGCAGUUAGCAGCUUUGGAACGAAACGAACGUAUCUGUCCGGAGAGCUUUUCGUACGGGCAUCCCCAUCAUCCUUUUGAAAAAGAAUGAGAUCCAAUCCAGUUUACGAUAAGCAUCUAAAUUUCUUACAAUGCGAUAAAUAGUCAACAACUAAUUUCCUUGUCAUUCAGGACUUUUAUGAUAAUUUUUAUUAAAAAUUAUGCAUAACAUUUA